AUGGGAAAACCUGAGUUCAACAGUCCACGUGGUGGCGGCCGUGGGGGAGGUCGAGGUGGUGGAGGAGGUUUUCGUGGUGGACGCGGAGGAGGUGGCGGCGGCCGCGGAGGCUUUGGCGGAGGUCGGGGCGGCGGCGGCGGAGGAAAGUUUGAGAAGCGCGGUGGGGGCGGAGGACGGGGCUUCGGCGGCAGAGGAGGAGGCCGCGGACGAGGUGGGCCAAGCAAAAGAGGUGGCUUCAAGGGAGGAAAGCAAGUUAUAAUUGAGCCACACAGACAUGCUGGAGUGUUCAUAGCGAGAGGCAAAGAAGAUGCACUGGUUACAAAAAAUUUGGUGCCUGGUUCAGAGGUUUAUGGUGAGAAGAGAAUAUCAGUUGAGACCGAAGGAGAAAAGGUGGAAUACAGAGUAUGGAAUCCGUUCAGAUCAAAGUUGGCUGCUGCAAUCAUGGGUGGAGUUGACGCUAUUCACAUGCCACCAGGCUCUCGGGUACUGUAUCUGGGAGCUGCUAGUGGAACCACUGUGAGCCACGUCUCUGAUAUUGUUGGACCAGAAGGUUUGGUGUAUGCAGUAGAGUUCUCGCACAGAUCUGGCCGUGAUUUAAUAAAUGUUGCCAAGAAGAGAACAAAUAUCAUUCCUAUCAUAGAAGAUGCAAGGCAUCCAUUGAAAUACAGAAUGUUAGUGGGCAUGGUAGACACAAUAUUUGCGGAUGUAGCGCAGCCUGACCAAGCUAGAAUUGUCAGUUUGAAUGCACAGCACUUUUUAAAGAAUGGAGGACAUUUCGUAAUAUCAAUCAAGGCAUCAUGCAUAGACUCCACGGCACAGCCUGAAGCAGUAUUUGCAGCGGAAGUCAAAAAAUUGCAAGCUGACAAACUCAAACCUCAGGAGCAGUUGACGUUAGAACCUUAUGAAAGAGAUCAUGCUGUUGUUGUUGGUGUGUUUAGGCCACCACCGAAGAAGACGUAG